AUUGCUCUGCAUUGAACUCGUCGCCCUUUGCAGUGUGCGUAUGGAGACUGGCGGACCUGGGCGGACAAAGGAAUGCCUCGAGGUCAGCAACACCCUGCUCAGGGCCUCAACGCGGGCGCAAGCGUGGCACCUUUUGGCAUCAUUACGAAAGCUGCAGUGCAGCUUGCGGGCUUUCCUGCAGCGCACGCGGCCGCAGCUUCAGACGUCUCCGAGUUGACAACGGCGGAUUUAAGGGAACUCACGGACUUCUUUGAGUACAUCCAAUCCAAGGUGCUGUUUGAUGGGCGGCAGCAGCAGGCGCCCGAGCUGCUUUGUGCGCUGCUGCAGCGGCCGGCCCCCCGGGUCGCCUGGCUAUCGCUCGUGGUCGCAGCAGCUCGCUGGCAACGGCAACCGCACCUGCGACACGGCAGCGCUGCUAAUGAGCAGCAGCAACAACAGAGCGAAUGGUGCUUGGCGGUGGAAGAGAUGUUUCUUGCUGCAGUUUCAGCUUUGAAGACAGUGCUCGGGCGCUGCGAGCUUUCGGUGCCACUGCUGAAAAUGGCGUCGGCGCUGCUGCGCGCGCAGACGCUGCAGGCGCUGGCGCAACAGCUGGCGGGAGUUAACGAGCGCCUGAAGCCGGCGGCGGCAGCGGCGGCGGCGGCAGCGGCGGCCGAGGAGGCGGUGGAGACAGUAGAGACGGUGGAGACGGCAGGCGGCGGGGGUGGCAGCGACGCAAGCCACGCGGCCGCCGCUGGCUCUGGCGACGGCGGCGGCACGGGUGCCGCGGGCGGCGGUGCUGCACGGCAGCGGCGUGUGGCGGCAGCGACAGGAGGAGGCUCAGGAGGUGGUGGGACGCGGCCCAGCAGCAGCAGCAGCAGCAGCAGCACCCCGCAGCCCCAGCAGCGCGAUCCUUCGCCGCCGCCACCGCCGCAGCUGCUGCUGCACCAUUGCAGCUUUGUAGUUACUGUGGCGGCCUUGCUUACCGAGGCGCUCAUGGGCGCAACCUUGUCGUCGGCUGUUGCCGCAAUCGGCGCCGGAAGCGGCGCCGCAGGCGGCGUCAGCAGCAACAGCGGCAACAGCGGCAACAGCGGCAACAGCGGCAAGCUUAUCAUAGACAUGGAGGAUGAGGACACGCGCACGCGCGCCGCCCACCGGGCGGCGGUAGAAGCCGCGCUGCCGGCACUGCAGAUGCAGUUCGCCUCCGCGCUCUGCGCCAGCGGCAUCCUGGACCACGGGGUGCAAUCGCAGGCGCUGCUGAACCUGCUGCUGGGCGCGCCGGUGCCCGCGUGCUUCGGCGGCGGCCGCCGCCACGAAGACGACAUGUGGGCAUGCAGGUUGGGCCAGUACUACGAAAUGGUGCGGCUACACCUGCUGUGUAACCCCCGGCGGCGGCUGCAGCAGCACGGCGGCGGCGGCGGCGGCGGCGGCGGCGGCGGCGGCGGCGGCGGCGGCGGCGGCGGCCCGCUGACGGCGGCGGCCACGGCGCCGCUGCAGCUGGUGUGUCUUCAGCUCCUGGUGCAGGGGAUGCAGGUGUUGUGCGACCUGGACGGCGGGUCUGGGUAUGGACUGCCGCAUAGGCUGCUGUGGCAGUCGGGCAGCAGCAGGGCGGCACAGCAGCCACCACAGCAGCAGCAGCAGCAACAGCAGCAGCAGCAGCAGCAGCAGCAGCAGCAGCAGCAGCAGGGUUGCGGCGGGGCUACCGGAGGGGCUACCGGAGGGGCGGCGGCGGCAGCCGCCGUGUGCGCCAGAGCCAGCGGCGGCGGCGGCGGCGGCGGCGGCGGUCCACUGCCGGGCGUGGCGCUGCGCAUGCUGUUGUCGGUGCUGGGUGAGGGCCCGAGGCCCGACCCCGUCGGCCCACGCGUCGCCGCAGCCCUGCGGCUGCGGGUGGGCUCUGCGGCGCUGGCGCACAGCCGGCGGCUGCUGCUGGUGAUGCAGCGGCUGGCGCGGCGGCGGCAGGGCGGCGGCGGGCUCAGUGCGGCGGACGUCGCGUCGUAUUGGCAGCUCCAACACGUCAUCACCUCUGCUCUCAAGGACACGCUUGUCACCCUGCCAGAGAGCAUGCGCACUUAUACCGCCACGCGCGUGCCAACGCCGGCGCCGCCGCCGUCAUCAUCAGCAGCAACAGCCUGUUGGACGGCCGCAGCAGGUGGCGUUAUGGGUGACGGCAACGGCGAAGGCGGCGGUGACAGCAACAAUGCUGACGGCGAGGCCGCCAGCGGCACCACCGCCGCUGCUUGUGGCACAUGCGCUGCUGUCGCUGGAGGUGGUAAGGGCCUGUCGCUGGCGGCGCGAGAUGGCGGUGGCGGCGGCGGCGGCACUGGUGCCGGAGGUGGCAGCACUGGGGGCGGUGGCGGCGGCGGUGGCGGCACUGGUGCCGGAGGUGGCAGCACUGGGGGCGGUGGCGGCGGCGGUGGCGGCACUGGUGCCGGAGGUGGCAGCACUGGGGGCGGUGGCGGCGGCGGCGGCAUCGGUGCCGGAGAUGGCAGCACUGGUGGCGGUGGCGAUGGCGGCGUGAGUCGUCGUCGUUGGUGGGCGGGCGUCCUGCGGGAGCGGUGGCGGCUGGCAAUGGAGUUGGUGGUGUUCCAGGUAGAGGAGGCGGCGGGCAUUAUUGGCAGUGCAAACAAUGAGGAGCUGAGAGCCCUGGGCCGCUGCCUGACGCCGCCCGCCACCAUCUGGGGACUCCGCAGCGCUGCAGCCGCCGCCGGAGCGCCAAGGGCCGAGGCCGCCGCCGCUGAAACCACAGCAUAUGCCACGUAUUGCGUCACCUGGCCGCUGCCGCCGGUCACACCCAUGACGGCCGCCGCGCUGGCGGCGGGACUGCCGCGCGCGCUGGAGCGCCUGCUGCGCGUGGCUAGCCGCCCCAUAGGUGCUAGCAGCGGCGGCGGCGCCGCCGCCGCCACUGGCCCGCCUGACCGUCAGCACGACGGCGGCCGGUCGUACUACUCGAGAGAGGUCCUCAUCGGCAUGUUCAUGUCUCAACCGCGCGGCGCAUUGGCACUGCUGGAGCUGCUAAUGUUCAGCCCGCCGCGCCAGGCGGCGGCGGUUGUGGUGACGGUGGGCAAGCUGCUGCGGCUGCCCGUCGUGUUGUUGGAGGCGGCGGCAGCGGCGGCGGCGGAACCCAGCAAUCCGGGGCAACGCAGGGCGAGGCGGCUGGCGGCGCCGGGAUCGAGUAGUGCAGCAGCAGGGUCGGGUGAUGAUCCGUGGCUGUGCCUGCCGGCGGCUGAGCGCGGGCGCUUUGCAAUGAAUUCAGAACUGCGGAUGCGCUCGCUGGCGGCUGAGAUGCUAAACGUGCUGGUGCUAUGCUGCGGGGUGGCUGGGAGGGCGCUGCCGGCUGCUGCUGCUGCUGCUGCUGCUGCUGCUGAUGCCGCGUAUCCUGCCGGCGGUCUCGACAGCAGCUCUGGCGCGGCAGCAGCACGCGGCGGUGACGGUGGUGGGAGCAGCAGCUCGGCCGCCGGCAGCAGCUGCGCUGGUGGCAGCGCUUGUAAGGCUGCUGCUGCUAGUGUUGCUACUGCUGCUGGCAUCAGUUCCACCACCACCGCCACCACCACCACUGCUUCUGGAACAGCAUCGCCUGCCGCCGGGGCACCCGCCGUGACGAGGAACGGCAGCAAUGGCGGUGGCGGUGGCGGCGGCGGCGGUGCGGCGGGUGACAUGCUCUUUCGUCUGGUGCCGCAGGCCGCGGCUGUGUGGCUGCCGGCCCUCUCCCGGGCGCUCCAGCAGCAGCUGUUGGUGCUGAUGACCACUGCUCGCGUCACGUACGUCGGCAGCAUCGCAGGCGUGAUUGCCGGGAUGCUCGAGGACGGGGUGCUGCCGUUUGUGUGGCUGCUGGCGCGCCAUGCGCUGCGCCUUGCUACUGACGCCCGGAAAGGCGCGGCGCCGGAGCUGCGGCGGCAGCAUUUCGGAAGGGAUUGGUUGGGGCCGGCUACUGACCGUGGCGGUGACGGCGGGCGGAGCUUGGAGGGCCGCGGCGGCGGCGGCGGCGGCAGCGGCGGCGGCAGCACAGGCGUGGUGGGUGGUGGUGGCGCGGCCGGUGCGGCUGGUGCGACUGCUGCGGCUUGUGCGGUGGCCAAGGAGGAUAAGCAACGAGCAUUGCAGCAGGAGCAGGAGCAGGAGGCGGGCGCGCUGAAGCAGCUGCUCCUGUAUGAGGCGGACGUGGUGUCGCUGCUGGGGGCGGCGCUGCUGCUGCUGCAGCUGCUGAAUCAGGACCACCAGCGCCAACAGCAACAGCAGCAACAGCAACAGCAACAGCAACAGCAACAGCAACAGCAACAGCAACAGCAGCAACAGCAACAGCAACAGCAGCAACAGCAACAGCAACAGCGCGAACAUCGACAGCAGCACCAGCACCAACAGCAACAGCAGUGGGGUCCGCCGGGUUACCUUCAGAAGCUCACGGGCGCCUGCUGCGCCGUGGCGGCACUCUGUCCGGAGGAGGUGUGGGCGGCGACGCCGAGGCCGCUGCCGGCCCGCAGCCGUGGGCUGCCGGUGGUGGCGGCGGAAUCCGGCGACGAUGGUUUGGAGCGUGCCGCACACUUGCUGUUUGACCAGGUCGUGGACUGGGCGACGCCGCUGGGUGAGGCUGCGGCCGCCGCCGCCGCCGCCGCCGCGGCGGCUGCGGCGGCGGCGGCCGCCGCUCAUGCGGAUGCUCGCAGGACGGGGGCUGCUGCUGUGGCCACUGCUGACAACCACGUCGUUUCCGCCGGAUUCAUCUGCACCUGGUUGGCAGGGGCCUCCAGGAUGGUGGAGCUGCUGGGUCAGUUCCCGGAGGUGGACGACGACCGCCUGUGCUCACUGGCGGAGGCGCGCGCCCUGUUGCCGGCGUCGGCGGCAUGCGACAACGCGGCAUGUGUCAACCUGGCUGGGGACAGUGAGGCAGACCUGCCGCCGCCGGCCGUGGCGUGUGACGGCCGCGGCGGCGGCGGCGGCGGCGGCGGCGGCAGUACAGCAGGGCGGCGGGGCCGAGGUGGGGGCGCGGGAGUUGGGCGCGGCGGUGGCGGGGGUGGCGGAGGCGGACGCGGUGGUGGUGGGUGUGCGCUGCGGUACUGCUGCCGCGAGUGUGCCGCGGCCCACUGGAGGGCAGGGCACAAGGAGGUGUGCGUGGCGGCGGCGGCGGGGGCGGCAGCAGCGGGUGCUGGCAGGGGCUAGUGCAUGUGCAGUGAUGCAUAGGCCCAGGGCGAGGCUGCAUGUUGCGAACCAGUUACGCACGUGUUUAGGAUGCGAGGACGGGUUUGAGAGAAUAACGUAUGACGACAUCACGACCAUGCACGGACGUGGCGCCUUGAUGGAUGCAUGGGUGCUGGGGGAGGGACGUGCGUGCUUUGCAUUUGGAUGUGUGUUGUGUGGUGCUGGUGACAUUAUACCGUAUUGCGUUGCUACCUGGCGGGCACGAUGUUACACAGGGUUGCACGGGAUUCGUGAGGGACUCAACCGUUUCCUCGUACUAUGACAAUUGCUUCCAAGUUUUGGGCAUGCAUGCAACACAGUCGCAGUCGCUUUUGCAAAGAAAGUUGGUGCUGGAUGGUCUUUGGUCGUGACUGCCCGAAUUGCUUGCUUGCUAGUUGUGAAGAGUAGUGGAGUAGAUUGGAAACAUAUGGCAUCUUAAGGUUUGGCUCGUUUGGCACGUAUUGGAGCUAGCGCGUGUUGUUGCAGGCUGUGACAAGUGACAAGGCUGAAUUGCGUGCGUGUAACGGUCUGCUGACUGCUGCUGUGCUCACGUGUGCUCUGCCUCACUGCCUGCUCAUCACCUUGUCGUGGGUUCUGUCAGCGGACGGGCUGCGCUCAAUUGAAGAUGCAGGGUGAUGGCGGCGCAGCAAUGGAUCACUGUCUGUGCGUGCUUACGUGAACCGCUGCCACAGCAGCUAAACUGUACGCUGAA